AUGGCUUCGGGUUGUCCCGCGCUUGCCUCCUGGGAUGAUCGCGUGGUCCUGCACCAGACAUUCCCUGACCAAAUUGGCAUUGCCUCUUCUUGUCUGCUCCCACAAGUGGACUCCAGUUCUUUCAAUGCCAAUUACCCCGGAGGGCGCGUGCUCUAUGCCUUGCCCACGGCACAGCAGGCCUCCCGUGUGCGGGCGAAGCAUCUAGAGGCAGACGUUGACACCUGUUCCGGCGCCUUCUUCCUCUACCGGGAUGCCAUGGAAGUGAUGGACUGCUUGACGCAGUACGACAUGGUGGCCGUGGACGAGAUCUCCCAGCUGUCGCAGUCCGACUUUGAGCGCAUCAUCCAGAUGUGGGAGACGGCCGACAAGGUGCCGGCCCUGGUCUUUGCGGGCGACUUCUGGCAGUUGCCCGGCAUCGGCAAGAAGGGCGAGGAGCCCACCAAGGCUACGGACAGCCCACGCUGGAGCAUGGUUUACCAAAUCGACUUGCAUCAGAUGUGGCGUUGCAAGGACAACGUCCUGAAGGAGAAGCUGCAGCUCUUGCGCACCGCCAAGCCCAGCAGGUCCCAGUUGACGAACAUAUGCCGCGGUCACAAGGCUUGGUCCGGCCAUCACGAGCCGACGGCCUGGGACCUGCAGCAGCUUUACCGGAGCCAUCCCCACACGACCAUCGCCACCUGCACCCGCUGGGCAGCAGCCAAAGUGAACGACUUGGCCAUCUUCGUGCUCUACGCCACCCGCAAGAAGCGCAAGCUGGAAACCGUGCCGGUUGACUGGGAAGCCAACCCUGACAACUACGACCAGGACAACAAGAACCAGCUGAUCACGGGCACGCCGCCAAAGGCAUUGGAGAUGCCGCUCUACAAGGGCAUGCGGCUGCACAUCACGCGCAAUGUCAACAAGGAGGCCGACUUCAUUAACGGGAUGGAGGCAACCGUCGAGGCCUAUGAUGCAGCAUCCAAGUGCAUCCAUGCUGUGACGAAGACUGGGCGCCACCUCGCUAUCUAUCCCUUGACGGACUACGUGGAGGACUGCGGCUACGUCACUGCCUAUCCCUUGCGCCCAGGCUAUGCCAGCACCGUGCACAAGCUGCAGGGCGCAGAGCUGGAGCACAUCACCAUCUGGCUGGACCGCCGAGGCGCCAAGGCCGCCGCCUACGUGGCCAUGAGCCGGGUGCAGCACGACACGGACUAUCUCCUUGGUGGCAAGCUGCAUCGCGAUCACUUCACCCCGGUCAAGCUGCACAGGGCCAAGCCCUACAAAGGGGAGUUUGCAGCCAAGCGCAUGGGCAAGGACCCGUUGCACAGCUUUGCCUUGAGAUUUGUCUGCAGAAGUGGUGGGGCCAAAACAG